UGUGUGUGUGUGUAUGUGUGUGCGCGCGCGUGUGUGUUUGUGUGUCUGGGCGCAAAGCGCGUCUGUCUGACCACAAGUAGUGCUCAGAUUACCGUGCCUGCUCUGUUCUGUGCUGUUCUCUCCCGUCUGGCCAGGACCGUGCGGUUCCGCCAGCCCCAGCACUGGAAUUCCCAGGAGCAGGGGGAGCAUGGAAUUUGGACUCAGCUGAGCGACCAAAGUGGAGAGUGGAGCUUGCCCGGCCAGGAGAGCACCAUGGAUGGCGAACCACGGGGCAGGAGCAGCAAGUCCCUGAGGCCAGGGGACCUUCCUGACACGCGGCUCCUUGCGAACUCGUGGAUGGGGGAUGUUGUGUCUGAUUGGUCUCCUGUGCAUGAAGCGGCCAUCCACGGACGUCUUCUCUCUCUGAGGAACCUCAUCAGCCAGGUGAAUGGGGUCACCACAGACUGGCACACCCCGUUGUUUAACGCGUGUGUCAGUGGCAGCCGCGACUGUGUGAAUUUGCUUCUCCAACACGGGGCCAGCCCCCAUGCUGUGAGCGAUCUGGCGUCCCCCAUCCACGAAGCGGCUAAGAGAGGCCACGCGGCGUGUGUGGAGACCCUGGCGGCCCACGGGGGCGACGUGGACCAUAACAUCAGCCACCUGGGCACGCCGCUGUAUUUGGCUUGUGAAAACCAGCAGAUAGCCUGUGCCAGGAAGCUUCUGGAGUCAGGAGCCAGCGUGAACCAAGGCCGAGGUCUGGACUCCCCCCUUCACGCAGUGGCCAGGGUGUCCAGUGGCGAGCUGGCGCGGCUGCUCAUGGACUUCGGAGCGGACACCCGGGCCAAGAACGCCGAAGGCAAACGCCCCUUGGAGUUGGUGCCCCCUGAGAGCCCUCUGACGCGGCUCUUCCUGCAGCGAGAAGGACCCCCCUCUUUGCUGCAGCUCUGUCGCCUUAGAAUCCGGAAGUGCUUCAGGACCCAGCAGCAUCACAAGAUCAAGGGACUCAUCCUUCCCGAGGAGCUGAAACGUUUUCUCCUUCAUAUGUAAACAUGUCAAGGGACCAGAGUCACAAAAAACCCACCAAGAUUCCGGAGUCUUGCGGCCGCUGGCGUUUUGGAAUAAAAUCAGGUUUAUAGAGCUUG